AUGAAGGAGAAGUCCAAAAAUGCGGCCAAGACCAGGAGGGAGAAAGAAAAUGGCGAGUUUUAUGAGCUGGCCAAGCUGCUCCCUCUGCCAUCGGCCAUCACCUCGCAGCUGGACAAGGCGUCCAUCAUCCGACUCACCACGAGCUACCUGAAGAUGCGCGCAGUCUUUCCCGAAGGUUUAGGAGACGCGUGGGGACAGCCGAGCCGCGCCGGGCCCCUCGACAGCGUCGCCAAGGAGCUGGGAUCGCACUUGCUGCAGACUUUGGAUGGAUUUGUUUUUGUGGUAGCAUCUGAUGGCAAAAUCAUGUAUAUUUCGGAAACAGCGUCUGUACAUUUAGGCUUGUCUCAGGUGGAGCUGACAGGCAACAGCAUUUACGAGUACAUCCAUCCUUCCGACCACGAUGAGAUGACAGCUGUCCUGGCCGCCCACCAGCCGCUUCACCAUCACCUGCUCCAAGAGUAUGAGAUCGAGAGGUCGUUUUUUCUUCGAAUGAAGUGCGUCUUGGCGAAAAGAAAUGCUGGCCUGACGUGCAGCGGAUACAAGGUCAUCCACUGCAGCGGCUACUUGAAGAUCAGGCAGUAUAUGCUGGACAUGUCCCUGUAUGACUCGUGCUACCAGAUCGUGGGUCUGGUGGCCGUGGGCCAGUCGCUGCCACCCAGCGCCAUCACUGAGAUCAAGCUUCACAGCAACAUGUUCAUGUUCAGGGCCAGCCUCGACCUGAAGCUGAUAUUCCUGGAUUCCAGGGUGACUGAGCUGACCGGGUACGAGCCGCAGGACCUGAUCGAGAAGACCCUGUACCAUCACGUGCACGGCUGCGACGUCUUCCACCUCCGCUACGCGCACCACCUCUUGCUGGUGAAGGGCCAGGUCACCACCAAGUACUACCGGCUGCUGUCCAAGCUGGGCGGCUGGGUGUGGGUACAGAGCUACGCCACCGUCGUGCACAACAGCCGCUCGUCCCGGCCCCACUGCAUCGUGAGUGUCAAUUAUGUCCUCACGGACAUUGAAUACAAGGAACUGCAGUUGUCCCUGGACCAGGUGUCCACAUCCAAGUCCCAGGACUCCUGGAGGACCACCUUGUCUACCUCACAAGAAACUAGGAAAUUAGCUAAACCCAAAAAUACGAAGAUGAAGACGAAACUGAGAACAAACCCUUACCCCCCACAGCAAUACAGCUCGUUCCAAAUGGACAAACUGGAAGGCGGCCAGCUCGGAAGCUGGAGAGCCAGCCCCCCCGCCCACGCCCCGGCUCCCCCAGAACAGCAGCUCCAUUCAGAAGGCGGUGACCUUCUGUACGCCCCGUCCUACAGCCUGCCCUUCUCCUACCAUUACGGACACUUCCCGCUGGACUCUCACGUCUUCAGCAGCAAAAAGCCAAUGUUGCCGGCCAAGUUCGGGCAGCCCCAAGGAUCCCCGUGCGAGGUGGCACGCUUUCUGCUGAGCACACUGCCAGCCGGCGGCGAGUGCCAGUGGCACUACGCCAACCCCCUAGUGCCGGGCAGCCCGUCUCCAGCUAAAAGCCUUUCCGAGCCGCCGGUCAACCCUGCUCGGCACAGCCUCAUGCCAAGCUACGAAGCGCCCGCCGCCGCCGCCGCGCGCAGGUUCGGCGAGGACACCGCGCCGCCGCCGCCGCCGCCGCCGAGCUUCCCGAGCUGCGGCCACUACCGCGAGGAGCCGGCGCUGGGCCCGGCCAAGGCCGCCCGCCAGGCCGCCCGGGACGGGGCGCGGCUGGCGCUGGCCCGCGCGGCCCCCGAGUGCUGCGCGCCGCCGGCCCCCGAGCCCCCGGGCGCGCCGGCGCAGCUGCCCUUCGUGCUGCUCAACUACCACCGCGUGCUGGCCCGGCGCGGGCCGCUGGGGGGCGCCGCGCCCGCCGCCCCCGCCCUCGCCCGCGGCCCCGGCGCCCCCCAGGCGGCGGCCGGCGCGCUGCGCCCCCGGCCCGCCGGCCCCGCCGCCGCCUCGCCGCCCGGCGCGCCCCUGCCGCACUACCUGGGCGCCUCGGUCAUCAUCACCAACGGCAGGUGA